AUGAUGAAUUCUGGUAAGGGGAAAUUUGGAGGCACAUGCAUCAUUAAUAAUAACUCUGUCAAGUCUCUUACUGAUUCUCCACCUCAUUCUGCUACCAUUACAACAAGUUUUAGAGAGCAUAAAGCUCUUAUCAUAUGUUCUUUCAAGUAUAAACCAGAGGUGAUGCUUUUAGUAGAAAUUGCGCUAAUACAAAUGAGCUGUACAAUUCCUCACAAAGAAGACGCUCUUGACUGUUGUACUGAAAUUGAUCCUACUGCUAAGGCAAUAGGGGUUGUCAAUUGUAUUAUAAAUAGACCUGAUGGGAAGUUAUUUGGUUGCAAUACAGACUAUAUCGGUGCAAUAUCCUCCAUUGAAGAAGGAUUGGAAGGUUCACAACCUAGUAUAUCUGCGCCCCCUUGGCUAGUAAAAUGUUUGUGGUCAUUUGUGCUGGUGGAGCUGGAAAGGCAAUUGCUUAUGGUGCAAAGGAAAAAGAGGGCUAGGGUGGUGAUUGCUAAUCAUAUCUAUGAACGAGCACGAGAAAUUGGUGAUGUAGUUGGAGCUAAGGCUUUAUCUCUUCACGAUCUUAGCGAUUUCCAUCCAGAAAAUGAUAUGAUUCUUGCAAAUACCACCUCCAUAGGCAUGCAGCCAAAGGUUGAUGACACACCAAUCUCUAAGUAUCAGGGCUACAUGUCUUGUGGAAUCGGUGGACAAUCCAAAAUUUUCAAAAUAAUUAGUGGUCUUUAG